CUGCUGCUCACGCUCCUUAUGAAAGCUCUCGCCGCCGCCGCCGCCUGCAACCACCUUCGCCCCCAGGAUGCCACCUUCUCUCGCGACAGCCUCCAGCUCCUCCGGGACAUGGCUCCCAGCCCACCCCAGCCGUGCCCACAGCACAACGCGCCAUGCUCCUUCAAUGACACCGUCCUGGACACCAACAACACCCAGCAAGCCGACAAAACCACCCACGACAUCCUCCAGCACCUCUUCAAAAUACUCAGUGGCCCCACCACUCCAGCACACUGGAUCGACAGCCAACGCCAAAGCCUCCUCAACCAGAUCCAGCGGUACGCCCAGCACCUCGAGCAAUGCUUGGCGGACAGCCACACGCGCUUCUGGACACGAUGGCCUCGCAACCCUCACCUCACCAUCAACAAACACUUCAGCUGCCUCCACGCCUUCCUCCACGACAACGAUUACAGCGCCUGCGCCUGGGACCACGUCCGCCUACGAGCUCGUGCCUGGCUCCUGCACAUCCACGACCUCGUGCGCAACACGCGCACCUAG